GUUAAUCGCACGACUCAGAGGGGGAGAGAGAAAAUUAGUCGAUUGAACGGCACGGGACAUAUCCAGGCGGCGAUUUCGUCGGUGCUCGUCGAUUUUCACUCUUCUCUUUUAACUCCAAAUACCUUCCAUGUCAAGACUACAGAUAUUCAACUAAUGGUAAAGCCAAAACAAAGACAGAUCCAUCGUUCCACUGGAAAGAAGCAUCAAAAUCAAUGUUUCCCCCAUGCUGAUCCACCUGAUGACGGAGAUUGGAUGGUGGUCAAGAAGCAGAGAAUAACAAUUAUAAUCCCUCCUAUGCCUAAUAAGAAGCGCUCAGAAAUGCCUACUGUAGAAGAUGGUCAGCUACAAGAAAAGCCAAGAAGCAUCACUAACUCCAAGUCACCAAGAAACACCACCAACUCCCAGUCACCUAAUAGAAAAACUAACUCCCAGUUGCACUGCUCGUCAGCAAACACUGUGGAGCGAUCAGUCCAUGAAAUGGAUAAAUCCAGGUCAUCUGAAGAACAGGCUGCUGUUCAACCUCAACCUCCUCUAGAAGUGCCCAAUGUAAAUUUCGAAAAGCCCCCAAGUUCAUCCCAUCAGAGGACCACCUUAGACCAUUCUCCACUUUGUGGUCAUAGAGAGGGGAAUGACAUUGGUCCAUGGAGCAUCCCGAGAUCUAGGCAGGGAAUGAAGCUAUUUGCUGAUAGCACCUCAUUUCUAAAUCAAAGGAUGAGAGCGUUGCAUCUAGAGAAAAAGCUCAGGAAGGCAGGGGGAUUGGAGAAUUGGCUUGAUUCUCUUGGCCUUGCACGAUUCAUCAAGGUUUUCCAGAUGAGAAGGGUCGGCAAAUUUCAACUGGCAAAUCUUACUAUGCAGAAGCUCAAAGACAUGGGCACGGAUGCCAUUGGUCCGAGGAGAAAGCUGAUGCAUGCCAUUGAUUGCCUCUGUGAACCCCAUUGUUUCCAGCACAUCUGAAUGUUGUAUCAUCUUCUUUGAAUUUUACUGGGUUAAAUGUUGGGGGAAUUUUGUAAAAACAUGACCCUUUUUUUAGCUUUACAUCGGUCUAUAGCUUGGUGUCGCCUAGUUUAACUUUACACGGCGCCCCAUUUACCAGUAGAUUACUAUGUAAAAGUCUUAUACUUCCUGUUAACCUAUAAAUGUUAUACUAUGAUUCUCCUAUUUUUUCCAAAUCCAACUUUUUA